AUGGCGUCUCCAGCAGUUGAUCCGUCUUCACCAGACGCGCCUAUCGAAGAUGACGAUAACGCAGCAGAGAUGCCACUCACAAUGGCCGCCUCGGUCGUCCUUGAGCAGUUGCCACGAGAUGCGCAUAAAGCGCUGGAGACUGCUGGCGAACUUGAGCAAGCGAAAGUAACGAUACGACUAUCUCCCCUCCCCAACACACCACAGCUUCGUCAACCUCGCUUCAAGUGCUCGAGCAAUCAGCGCUUUGAGGCUAUUGUGCGCUUUCUACGGCGCAAAUUGGGACUGCAAGAUCACGAGAGCGUGUUUUGUUAUGUCAACUCCGUGUUUGCGCCUGGCCUGGAUGAGGGGGUGGGGAAUCUUUGGCGGUGCUUUAAGACUGGCGAUGAAUUGGUUGUAAGCUACAGCAUUACGCAGGCAUUCGGAUGA